AUGACGAGUCAAGCGGAUGACCCGAGCUCCCUACCGCCAGCUCAUCAGCUGCUGCUUCAGAAACAGCGUGAACAUUUGGGUCUGUUACAAUUGAGAGAUGCCUCGAAAGAUUUAUUGGAGAGGGUCGAAAAAUUGGCAGAGAUGAAUCAUAUCAUGGCGGAUGGCGGGGAGGCUAUCGGACAAGUGAUGAAAAACUGGCCUCAUGUAUUCGGCAUCCUCAACCUGUUUGACAAACCUCCCGGCGAGACUCGGGCAGACGAAGAAGCAGAGCCUAUCCCGACACUCGUCAGAAUACCAUACACUUCGACUGAAGAGCCCGGUUCAACCUGA